AUGCAACGUUCGCUGCACCCUGCUCGUGCCAGGGUGUCGAUCAAGCUCACCUCGGCAGCCCGCAGAAACGCGAGGACGCCAGCUGAAGUUGCCAAGGCUUCGGCCGCGCCCGUACCGGCGUCGACGAUUCUGCGGGGCCCCUUGGUCGCGCACCGGGAGAGCGGUAUGCGCAACGUCAACAGCGACCACGGGAGCGACAAAGACGACUACAGCUCCCUUGAGGACGACUUCACCUUUGAUGGCGACGAUUUCGAGGGCUCAUCGAGCUCACCCACGGCGUGCCCGUUGAAGGCUGCAGUAGAAGCAACAGAGCUUGCUCAGAACGCCAGGGAUGAGCUUUGCCUAGCGGAACUCGUAACGGAGAAGAGGAAAGAUAUGGUUGAUGAGAAAAUGCGGGAUACCGAUGUGGCGUGGGUGCAACAGCUUUCCGUCAAAGCCAUGAACGCAGUCACUGCGGCAUCGAACAUGACUUCCGGCGCUGCUGCUGUCAUGUAUACAGCGAAUAACGGGGACCCCAGAAGUCAGGCGAUGGGUUCAACGGCGGCGGUGACGGCGGCGGGAACGUGCUCGACGUCGGCCCCUUCCAGUACGCCUCAACGGCAGAGAUGGGAGCGUAUCAACCGGAACGCCAACGCAUCUGCCGCAACCCCCCCCGCGGGAACUUCUCAGCCAGGAGAACGGGGGACCACCACCACAGCAGCAAUGGCGAUGGCGGCUUUGGCACAACAGCCAGCGCUGCCUCCCAGAGAAACGGAGGCCAUGAGGCCGAUUGUUGGUUCAGUGGAAACUAAGACCGUUAAAGCUGGCUUCUCGCACCGCAAGGAAGACGGUUCAGCAGGCUCCCCAACCGAGGCGGAAGCGUCGGCCGUUGGGGUUGCAGCCAUCGGCUCAGCUCCCUGGGGUGUGCCCCCCGCACCGGCUGCUCUGCCUGUGACGGCAUCUGCGCCUGCAGCCGGCACGGGGAUGGCGAUGGAAGUGGAGGAGCCACAUUCGACGGAGUCAGCGGUGGCAUGUAUCGGAGCAACUCCCUGGGUCAUGCCCCCCGCACCGGCUGGUCUGCCCGUACCAGCAUCUGCGCCUGCGGGUGACCCGGAGACAGCGAUAGUCGAGGAUCAGGCUUGCCAGAUGACGGCGGCGGCAGCCCCAAUAGCCAACACCGCAACUCCAUGGGUUAUGCCCCCCGCGCCGGCUGCUCUGGCUGUGCCGGUCGCUGUGCCUGCCGUCGGUGAAAUAUCGGCUAUGGAUCAAGAGCAGGCUGGCAAGUCGACGGCGGCGGCAGCCUUAUUCGCCAUGCCCACGACUCCCUGGGCCAUGCCCCCAGCCCCGGCUGCUCUGGCUGUGCCGGCCGCUCUACCUGCCGUCGGUGGAAUAUCGGCUAUGGAUCAAGAGCAGGCUAGCAAGUCGAUUGCGGCGGCAGAUGUACAGGCCAUGCCCGCAACUCCCUCGACUAUGUCCCCAGCCCCGGCUGCUCUGCCUGCGCCAGCCGCUGUACCUGCCGUCAGCGUGGGCUCGGCGAUGGAGGAGAACCAGGCCCGUUCCACGGAAUCAGCGGCACUAAAGACGGCGGCCGCGUCGGCGUUGGUAGCCAUGACCGCUACUCCCUCGGCUAUGCCCCGUGAGCUGGCCGCUGUGCCUGCUGUCGGUGGGAUCUCGGCGAUGGAUGAGCAGCGGCCUUGUAAGACGGCGGCGGCGGCAGCGUCAGCGACAGCGGUCAAAACCGCAGCUACAUGGUCCAUGGCCCCUCUACUGGCCGCUCUGGCUGUUCCGGGAGAGCACGCCGGUGAGCAGGAUGGGGCGACAGGGGUGCCAGAAAGCGAGAAUGAGGAAGAGGAAUUGGAAGAGGGAGCGAUUCGACUCGAGCGCAAGACUUUUAUUGAGGUUACGAAAAGGUGGGUGUCAACACUCGGUUAUACACCACCAGAAUCUGCAGCUGCCUUUGCAGCUGCAAAAGCAGGGGCAGCAGCGACAGCAGCAGCAGCGCAGACAAAAGCUGCAAAAGCAGGGGCAGCAGCAGGAGCAGCAACAGCAGCAAGGGCAGCAGAAACAACAACAGCAGUAGCAGCAACAGCAGCAGCAAUGACGAAGGCGAGGUCGCCUGCGACGGCGACGUUUCUCGAGCCAGGGGCACUUCUGGCUAGCGCUCGAGCAUCAGAGGAGAUUCUAACACCCACUACGGCGGUCCUGCAGACGGUUAAACCAAGCCCGGCGGUCGGAAAAACCGUUGAUGCACCUCCGAUGGUCGAGUCGAUUGGACAGGAGGCCCAGGGCGAGCCAAACCGAUCCCUGGGGGUAGGCAACAGCGAACAUGGUGGCGUCGGCCGAAUGGCUGAACAUAACGACACAGUAUCUCCGCUCGGGUUGUCGCCCCCCGCCCCUUCAAAGAUCCACCAAACGGCGGUAGCAGUGGCCGAGUCGUUGGUGGCCAAGACCGAGGAACAAGUGCCGUUGUUGGGGCUUGCCGAGACCUCUUCCAGCCCAUCAGACCCCACGUGCGCACCGGUAACGGCGACGACGGUAGCGGAUCCAGCCUACGGAGUGACUACCAAAGGGUUCACCACCUUUUCUCAGGGCGCUGCUCUUGACGAGAAGGCCCCCACCUCUGCCUCCACCUCAUCGAGGGAUACCGCUCAGCUGCUCCUUCUGAGAGACAGAGCGGUGCUGCGGGAACGGAAGAGGGCGGAGAUGAAGGUUUCGUCGAGAUCGGCUCUGUUGACCAUGACCUCCUCUGCCAGAGCAGCAGCGGCGAGGACGAGGACCCGCGCUCGUUUCUCCCGGCAAGCCAGGGCCGCCCGCAAGGCGCUUCGCAACAACGGUGGAACGACGACGGUGGGCAAGGAGGGGGAGGAGGCCAGGGAGAAGAGCGACGACGGAAAGGUCACCAACACCCGUAACGGGGCGGUCGAGGGCUCUCAGACCCAGUCCUGGUCGUUGUCCGCGGAGAUCGUUCAACGGCCGCAGCAGCGGCAGCAGCAGAAGCAACGGGAGCGGUUGUCGACCCUUAUCGGAAUGCACCGCAUCGUGUCAGAUAUCCGGACGGUGAGGAGGGCAUGCAAGACCUACGCAUUCCGCUUGAGGGUGUGGCGAACGGCGGCUUGGCGGCAAGGCGAGGUGAGGAACCGAACCUUGCUCCCCCACGAUCAGGGAACAGGAGGGGUCAUGUGCUGUGGAAGUCGAAUGCACUGA